GCUGGGCUUGGGUGUGGUGUAUUGUUUGAGUAAUUGUUUUCAAGAUUGGUCUUUUAAGUUAAAUAACUAAUAUCCUGAAAAUGGUUAGGAGCCUCGUUUUUGUGGCUCUGGCCGGCGCUUUAUGUUUAACCCUUGCUUAUGCACAACAUCACUAUAAUGAGCACAAAACCAGCAGAAUCAUCUGGUGCACCAAGAGCCAGGCGGAGCAGUACAAGUGCCAGAAUCUCACGGUGGCCAUCGAACGCGAUCGGGCAUUGUUCGACGAGGUGUUCCUAAAUCUCACCUGCUUCAUGGCCUACAGUGCGGAUGAGUGCAUCCAUCACAUCGAUCGCGAGAAGGCCCACAUAACUUCGCUGGACGCAGGAGAUGUCUUCACGGCGGGUCGGUACAACUCCCUGAUCCCCAUCAUGCAGGAAAAACUGGAGGGCGGCUUCGCGGAGUACCAAUCCGUGGCCGUGAUCAAGAAGGGAUCGCUGCAGGAGCUAAACAAUCUCCACGACAUGCGGAACAAGAGGGUCUGCUUCCCCUGGGUGGGCAGUCUGGCCGGUUGGAUUGUUCCCAUUCACACGCUCCAAAGAGAGGGUGGCAUGGAAGUUGUGGAUUGCAACAAUCAAGUGAAGACAGCUGCCAGCUAUUUCAACGAUUCGUGUGCCGUGUACUCCCUAUCCGACAAAUACAAUCCCAUUGGCGACAACUCUGAUAAACUAUGUACGCUUUGCACUGGCAAAAUCCCUGGGGGACGUUGUUCGUCAACAGAUCCUUACUUUGGCUACGAAGGCGCCUUCAAGUGUCUGCUGGAAAAGGGAGAUGUGGCCUUUUUGCGCCAUUCCACAGUUACUGAAAUGCUGCAGACCAUCGAAUUCCAAAACUUGUCGCCCGACACUUUUGAGCUGCUCUGUCGCGAUGGUCGUCGGGCACCCAUCAACGAUUAUCGGCAGUGUAAUUGGGGCCAAGUUCCCGCAGAUGCCAUUGUCACAUCUUCAGCUCGCAGCUUCGGCGAUCGAAAGCAAUAUCAGCAGUUCUUGAAACGCAUUGCGGAGCUGUACUCCGAUGGAACCCGCGAUGAGCAGGGCAGGCAGGGAGGACAAGGAUUCAACAGCCGCAACAAUUUCAACGAUCAGAGUCAAUCAGGCCCCUACAACCAAUACGACAAUAAUGACCCCUACAGAACACAAAAUCAAUACGAUCAGUACCGCAACGAAAGAUUAGACAGUAGUUUUUCUUCAGAGAGAAACCCGCAGGACGGGACAAACACUUCAAUUCUGUAUGAGAAAUUCCGCAUCUUCGAGUCCAAACGAUAUGGCAAGCCGAAUUUGCUGUUCCAGGACUCAAGCCGGGCGCUUACGGUCAUUCCUGAAGAUGAUCAGUCCUUUACCAAGUAUUUAGGACCUGCCAUUAACUUUAUUUACGGCAUUCGUGAGUGCCCAGUUCCAGCGAUGACCCUUUGCGUGACUUCGGAGAACGAACUGGAGAAAUGCAUCAAGAUGAGGACUGCCUUGAAAGCGCACCUCCUGAAACCGGAACUUAUCUGCAAGAAGAUGCACUCUCACAUAAAUUGCAUGCAGUUCAUCGAAGCGGGAAAGGCUGAUAUUUCCGUUUUCGAUGCCGGAGAUGUCUACACUGGCGGUCUGAACUACGAUCUGAUUCCGUUCAUGUCGGAGGUGUACAAUCUGGGUGAGCCCGAGUACUAUGUGGUGGCUGUGGCCAAGGAGGAGGAUCCGGAUACAGAGCUGACGUACCUGAAGGGCAAGAACACCUGCCACACGGGCAUCAAUACUGCCGCGGGCUGGACAUAUCCAAUGGCUCUGUUCAUCUCGAACGGCUGGAUUCGCCCGUACGGAUGCGAUUCGGUUCGGGCUGCCGCGGAGUACUUCACCAAGUCAUGUGUGCCGGGUGCAAUUAGCAGUGAAUACAACACCGGAGUGCCCUAUGACAGCAUGUGCGAUCUGUGCCAUGGAACUAGCUACAGAUACUGUCGUCGCGAUGCUUCGGAGGAUUACUACGGACAUACGGGUGCUUUCCGGUGUUUGGUGGAAGGCGGCGGUCAUGUGGCCUUUAUGAAGCACACCACCGUGAUGGAGAGCACGGGCGGCAAGCGCAAGGAAUGGUGGGCUAGGAAUGCCCUAAACGACGAUUUCGAGCUUCUGUGCACAGAUGGUACCCGAGCCGAGAUUCAGGACUACAAACGUUGCAAUCUGGGCAAGGUAAAAGCUAAUGCUGUCGUGACUCGUGGAGGAGUUAACUACAACGAGACCCAGAUGAAUGCCUAUAUUAACCUGCUGACCUAUGCCCAACAACUGUACGGCCGAAAGGAAGUGGACGCCUUUAGCUUUAGCAUGUUCUCCUCGCCGAUUGGUCACUACGAUCUGAUCUUCCAGGACGCCACGCGGCAGUUAAAAGUCAUUCCACCCAACAAGCGACGCUACGAUUCAUAUUUGGGCAGCGAUUUUAUGCGGGCCCGCCGCAUCACCGAUUGCUACGCCGGUGCCUCCCAGGUGGCAUUAUCCGUAGGCCUGCUCCUCGUGGGCUCCUUAGUGGCAAUAUUGUGAGUCAAUAGACUCGGUAAAAUUUUGAAAUUGUACAAGCAUCUCUAGCACAAAGAGAAACAUAUCAACCUUUUUACAUUCCAAAUAUUUUUAAGUAUAAAGUGAGAUCCCUUCCGUCCGAAAAUAUCAGAUCCCUUUAGCCGAAAAUAUCUGAACAAGGCUAUAAUUAUAUUUAUAAACUGCCUGUGCCUUAAUAUAGAAUUUUUUGUGUACAUACCAACUAAGUCCGUCCAAAAAAGUGUACCUAGGAUAUGUAAGCCGACUCUUUUACAACAGCUAAUAAGUAUACAAAUAAAAUAACAAAAUUAA